AUGUGGGGGAUCGAGGAGAUUGCAGUAGUGGACCAGUACACAUACCUCGGAGUAGAGAUCGCAAAAGACUGCUCGUGGAAUGCACAGAUGUCCAAGGUAGCGGAAAAGGGCAAAGCACGAGCAGGGAAGCUGCACCCAAUACUCGCAAACCGGCACCUCGAUACACGCGUCAAAUUGAAGGUUUUGAAGAGCGUAAUCGUACCGCCGCUAGAGUACGCCGGAGAAGUAUGGGAAGGAAAUAAGGAGGUAGUGAAAGAACUCGAGGCGGCGCAGAUGAAAGCAGCGAAAAGAAUCCUAGGAUGCUCCAAGCGCACAAGUAAUGCAGCCUAUCGCAUGUGUGGGAUGGGAGAGGAGAGGUUGCCGAGAAUUGUAUGGGAGGAGAAGUUGGCAAACAAAAAGUGGCGUAGACAGCCCACGGAAUGGGUCAAGGAUGUAGAGGACGUAUGGAAGGGGCUCGACAUUGACGAAGAUGAAACGCUGGGAACGGAGGGUCUACAGG